UUAUGUCGCGAUGAUGGAGCUGCCACAUCGCGAAAAGUCCAUUUAUGGGCUCUGGUAUAAAUGUCAUAUCGAUAUGUUGAUUCGAUACUUACGUCUCUAGCUAAACCAAAAACAAAGGGGAAAAAUUGGAACAAUAUGUCAGCUUAACCUGUCUCGGAUUUAAAAAACAAAUCACAUCUUAAUCAUAGUACCUGCUUGAGCCAGAGAAGGUGCCGAAGUUGUUCGCUUUCUCAUAAAAUGAAGUCUGAAAAUGGUUUUAUCAACACCUUAACGCAACUGUGUUUGAUUUGCGUGUUUUGUUUGGCCAAGUUACAUGGCCUUGAACAAAAUACAUAUUCUAACGUUGAAGGUAACGCGGAUGACUCGCUGCCAGGCAAGCUUAAGUUUGCACAUGUGAUAUUUCGGCAUGGAGACCGAAUGCCCGUAGACCCCUACCCCACAGAUCCGUGGAAUAAUCAGACAUUCUGGCCAGCGCGCUGGGGCCAACUUACCAAUCGUGGCAAGCGACAACACUAUGAGUUGGGCAAGUGGCUGAGAAAACGUUACAACGCACUGCUGGGCGCAACGUAUGACAGACAGCAAAUAUUUGUGCAGUCCACGGACGUUGAUCGCACCCUCAUGAGCGCGCAGUCAAACUUAGCUGGCUUUUACGAGCCGGAGGGUUCGGAUAUAUGGAACGAAGAUUUAAAAUGGCAGCCAAUUCCCGUGCACACGAAGCCUGAAAAGGACGACCCUGUACUCGCAGCCAAGGCACCUUGUUCAGCUUUUGACUAUGCACUAUCUGCCUUGCAAAGCUCGCCCGAGUAUCAAGCGAAGGUCGAACGCUACAAGUACCUAUUCGAUUACUUGUCACAGCACUCUGGCCGCAUGGUGGAAACAUUUUUGGACAUAAACUAUAUAAACAAUACACUGUUUAUAGAAACUCUGUAUAACAAAACAUUGCCCGAGUGGACGAAAAAGGUUUAUGGUAGCGCUGACAUGACAUAUGCGACGAAUUUCGCUUUUUCUGUUAAUACGAUGACGCGCCAACUGGCCCGCCUAAAGGUUGGACCGCUGCUGAAGGAAAUUUUCAAUCGCUUUGUUGACAAGUCGCAAGGAAAACUGACGCCCGAUCGGAAUAUGUGGAUAUAUAGCGCGCAUGAUACUACCAUAGCAAAUGUUUUAAAUGGGCUCAACAUGUUCCAGCUGCACAGUCCACCCUACACGGCUUGCAUUAUGAUGGAGAUGCGUGUGGACGACUACAACAAUUCGCUUAUCUCCAUUUUCUAUAAGAAUAGCUCCGCUGAGCCCUUGCCCAUGAACAUACCGGGCUGUGGCGUCUCAUGCCCACUAAACACACUGCUUAGACUGUAUAGUGAUUAUUUGCCCGUGGACUGGGAACGCGAAUGCAAGCUGUCUACCAUGAUGCUCACCUAUGAGGAGGCAAAUAUUGGCGCAGCAACAGGCAUUCUCAUCUUCAUUAUAAUUAUAUUGUUGUGCGCCAGCUAUGCGCUCAUGAUCUAUUAUCGACGACGCAAUUACCACCUGUAUUCUUCCUCGUAUGCGCAGAUGGCGUAAAUCAGAAGACUUAUUAUUUACGGAUUACGAAAGCGAACUCACUAUAUAAAUCCAAUGUGAUUCCUAUUUUGUAUUUAAUUAUGAUUUGGUAAGAGUAUUGUUGCCAUAUGUAUACUGAAAUCCCAUUACUUAA